UUGACGGUGAUCGACUGUGGUUUUGACCAAUCCCGUCAUGCUAGUAUAGCCUUUCGAAGGCCUCGUGAGCGGAGUCAAGUAUCCGACGAUCGAGCCGGUACUGUCAAAGCAAAGGAUGUAUGAGCUUUACCCAUACUGGAGCGGAUGUACAGCACUUGCAUCGCUCGCCACACGCUGUUUGGCAGCUGAGACCGAACAGGCCACCUCUAGCCAGGAGAAUUCCGGAGAAGGCAGCCGGUCGCAAGGCGAGAGGUCUUCUGCGCGAUGUCCAAGAUUGAGUUCCACACAGCUGCGUUCUUCGCCUCCUGUUUCUUCCUCCCGCCCUCAUUCGAAUGGUUGAGAUGUGAUCCUACAGCACUCUCGCAGGUAGAAUGAGAGAAGAGAAAUCAGUCUUCUAGAAAGCAAAAGUAAAGAAGUCCAAGAGGGGCGAUCCG